UUUCGGUACGCGGCUGUACCACAACUCAGUACUCACGAUUCACGAGUUGACCAUCACGAUUCACGGCCGACUUGCUGUAAUUAUUAUAACCCUUGUCACUUUACCCUUGUCAGAUUCCAGUUUUGCUUUUAUACUUCAUAAUAUACAUCUCAGUGUCUCACUACUUUCUGAACUGUAACCUGUCACCACCAGUCAUCACUCACCUUGUCAACAAACGACGUCUCGCAUCGCCGAUUUCAGUUUUUUGAAUGCUACAAGUACCAGUUUGGUAACAGCCGAGUGCGUCACAGGUCAUCGCGAUGGCCGAACGUCUUGAAGAUUUAAAUUUACCAGUGACGGCGAUCACCCGUAUAGCUAAGGAAGUGUUGCCGGCCAACAUCAUCGUAUCGAAAGAAGCUAAGACUGCAUUAGCCAGAGCAGCAUCCGUGUUCAUUUUGUACGUGAGCAAUCAGGCCACCACAAUCGCAACGAGCAGGAACAAGAAGACAAUCAGUGCCCAAGACGUGCUGGAAGCGUUGGCCCAAGUCGAUUUUGAAUGUCUGAUUGAACCCUUACAGCAACUGUUGGAAGAUUUCAAGUCGACAAAACAACAAAAGAAGGAUACUAAAAAACCCACACCCAACAAAAAUGCAGACGAUGCAGACGUGGUUGAUUUGGUGGAUGAUGAUUUGGAGUUGUGAUUUAUUACUAUUAAGUCCUUUUUUUUUCUCAUUUAUUAUUUUUUUGUUAUAAAAUGAUGUAAUUUCUAGAACAUAAAAAAAAUAAAUGUUUAAUAAUAUGUUAACAUGGAUUAAUUAAAUAACAAUAACAGUUUAUGAAAAUAUAAUUUUGUAUAAGCU